ACUUAAAUUACACGCUAUCUGCUUGUUUAUCAUCUGGUUCUUGAUUCUAAGCAUAUAUUUGACCAAUUUAACAGUCUUCUCUUUUUCAAGUUGUUGACUUUAUUUUGUGCAAUUUAACAUGGCUAGUGUGUUCUGAAAAAUCAACCCAGGAAGCUUUUGUUCUACAAUCUUGACCUUAAAUGCAUAGUCGCCUUGUAUAAAUGCAUCAUUUUUUCCUCAUCAACUAUAUAUUUUGCAAGAGGACAGAUCUUUGAAUGAUACGGCAAUGGGGAGGAAAGGAAAUCUGUUUUCUUCCAUCAAGAAAGCCUUUAGUCCAGAGUCCAAAGAAAAGAAAAAACAGAAAGCAAUUGAAUCAAAAAACAAAGGGAUCGAGAAGGAAAAACCGUUGAAUCCGGAAUCUUCGACUUUGGAAACUGUCAGUAUGCCUCAUUCUCUUCCUCCACCAACAGAAGUGAAUUUCACAGAAAUUGAAAUCGAGGAUGAGCAGACAAAGCAUGCUAAUUUUGGAACGGCUUCUACCUCUACGCUCGCUGAGGAUGCUGCUGAAGUUCCUUUGGGUGUCACAGAGGCUGUUCAGGCUGUUGCAGUAACUCAGAUAAAGAGUAAGAUGACAGAUGAUGUAGCUGCAACCAAAAUUCAGACGGCAUUCAGAGGAUACCUGGCAAAGAGGGCCUUGCGAGCUUUAAGAGGCCUUGUCAGGCUAAAGUCACUGGUGGAAGGCUCCGCUGUCAGACGCCAAACCACUAAUACUCUACGAUGCAUGCAAGGUAUAUCUCGUGUGCAGUCUCAAAUCAACUCUAGAAGGAUCAGGAUGUCAGAAGAGAAUCAAGCGCUACAGAGGCAGCUCCUCCAGAAACGUGCUAAAGAACUUGAAAGCUUGCAGAUGGGAGAGAACUGGAAUGACAGUGUACAAUCAAAAGAGCAAAUCGAAGCAAAACUAUUGAGCAAGUAUGAUGCAACCAUGAGAAGAGAAAGAGCAAUGGCUUAUUCAUUCUCUCAUCAACAAACCUGGAAAAAAUCUGCGAGAUCUACAAAUCUACUCUACAUGGACCCUACUAAUCCUCAAUGGGGUUGGAGCUGGUUAGAGCGCUGGACAGCAGCCCAUUCUGGUGAGUCUCGGACUGUAAAAGAACAUAAUAAUGAUUAUUCUUCUGCAAAGAGUGCAAGCCUCAGCUUUUCUGGAGGCCAAAUUGCCAAGUCAUACGCUCGUCACCUACUCAAUUCUGAUAAGCCCAAUUCACCAAACAACCCAAGACCAAGGGAUCCUUCUAGUAUCCAGUCCCCUAUAUCUCCACUAUCCAAGGCAACUUCUUCGAAAGUAGGUAAGAAAUAUAAACCGCCUGGCCCAAGAGGGAGUGUGAUGAGCCCAGAUUUCGACUCAAAAAGCUUGUUCAGUAUGCAUUCAGAGCAGAAUAGGAGGCACAGCAUUGCUGGGUCAUCUGUGAGAGAUGAUGAGAGCAUGGUGAGCUCUCCAGCAGUUCCAAGUUACAUGGCAUCCACUCAGUCUGCCAAAGCAAAAUCACGACUUCAAAGUCCAUUAGGAAUGGAAUAUGGCACUCCACCAAAAGGAUCAACAGUGUAUGCGAAGAAGCGACUUUCUUUUCCAGCUUCACCAGCUAGGCCAAGGAGACAUUCAGGUCCGCCAAGGGUGGACAGCACAUCUGUUGCAGACUUAAAUGAUGUUGCUGUCAAUUAACUAUCUUAUACAAGGUGAAGCAGGAGAAGCAAGAUACAGGUUUACUGGCUACAGAGAAAAGAAAACUUGUAAACAAAAAAAAAAGUAUUUGUAAUGUAAAUCUUUCCGCUACUUUUUUUUCUUCUUUACUGGUUUGAGAGGAGACAGACUGGUGAAACUGUCUCGAGGAUAGUUUGUAUACUUGUUCUUUUGGUUUUCAGGUUCAUUGUUCUUUAGGAUUAUAAUGAUCGUGUACAUUGAGAAUGAAACUGGUUUUAGGUCUUUUAUUCGGACAUGUAAGCUUUACCUUUGUGCUGCAACUAAUUUCAGUGUGCGUUCCUACACACAUACUGACAUACAUCAGCAUUUCUUAGUAAUUGAAUUUGUGUUUACAUCAA